AGGAUAAAAGUUGGAGGAGAGAAUCCACCUAUAAAGCCUCUACCCUGUUCUUCUCCUCCUCUCAUAUCUCAUUAGCCUCGGCUGCAGGCGACCAUGGGUAGUGGCACAAUGAAGCUGCUCUUGUGCUGCCUUAUUCUCUCUCUCUUCCUCCAAGAAGUGGCAGAAGCAUCCAUUGAUAACUCCUUCGGAUUCUCAGAUAUUCAGGGAAAUGAAGAAGUGGCUGCUCUAUAUGGAAUCAGACGCCAACCGAGGAUCAAUUGCCGCUUUGCAUGCGCGAGGAGAUGCAUGAAAGCAUCAAGAAAGAACGUGUGCACUAGAGCUUGUGGGACGUGCUGCCUCAGGUGCCAUUGCGUUCCGCCGGGCACCUCCGGCAACAAGAACUCAUGUCCGUGCUAUGCUCGUCUUAGGACUCACGGACACAAGCUCAAGUGCCCAUAGUAUUACAGGGAUACUACCCUAAUAAACGGACCAACUCCUUUUGGUCCGAUCUAUUAUGGUUGCCAUAUACCUAUAUAUGUUUGGGACGAGAAUUGAGAGGAAGUAUAUAUGCUUGAAAUUUCCUUAUGGUGGGGAGGAAUAAUCUUUGUAAGAUCAGAGAAUCAGGUUUGUCUGGGACAAACAAGCCAACAACAAGGGGAUUAAAUAGUUUAAGGUGAAGGGAUGAGUUUGUAGUAAAUAUAUUCUCCUCCGGAAAACACAGAAGGAAACUCAUGUUGUUCCUUAUGACUGCAUCUGAAUAAAUUAAAUCAUGUCUUAUAUAUA